GGAGAGUCUAUGGGACAUUCAGUGGGGCAGGGGAUGUCCUUUGCUGGGUGCUGUGGGAGGGACGUCCCUGGGGGGGUGAUGUGGGGCGGGGCCUAUGGCAGUGACAUGGGGGAGGGGGUCUCUGGUGAGGCAUUUACACGGGAGGGUCGGGGGGACACACGAAGAGAUAUGGGGCUGAGCUGUGUGACCCAUUAGAGGGUCUGCCUCAGAUCCCCUUGGCGAUGCCACUGCUUCCAUGUCCCCCCCUCUGGGGACCCACCCCCUUCCUCAGGUCCUUUCCCCACGGGGCGGGGCCCCCUGCCCCCUCUGCACCCAGGGUCCCCGCUGUGGGGCGUCACCCCAAGGAGAAGGGCUUAAAAUGGGGGCUGGGGAUGUCAGCCUGGAAGGGGAUCUGGGGGCCGUUUGCACGUGCCAGGGGCUGCCACCACCCAGCUAUGGCAGGUCCUGCGCCCACAGACCAGAGCCGGGGAGAGAACCCAGGAGUCCUGGCUCCCAGCCCCCCCUGCUCCAACCCACCAGCCCCCACUCCCCUCCCUGAGCCUUCCAAGGAGGGAGACUCCGUGGCACCUGGAGGGGUGGGGCCGGAGGGGGCUCUGCAGGGGUGCGGUUUGGCCGCCGUGCUGAAGGGCCUGCCGGCCUGAGCCCCCCCCCGCCGGCCGUCUGUCUCCUCUGCCGUCACCCGGCCGGCUCUGGGGCUCUGUCCCCAGAUCCUGAGGCGGCUGCUGCCCCGGGUGUGGCCGGGCGACUGGGGCCCAUUCAGCUGACGAAGUGGAUGAGUUCCGCACCUGGUCCCGGGUCUGGGUUUGCUCCUUCCCCAGCCCCGGAUCCGACCCUCUGGGCUCCUCUCAGCCCGGUGAGAAGAAGAGACCCCUGGGCAAGCCGGGGUGCUCCGAGCCGGAGGCGUGGGACUGCGAGGAGGGGCUGCUGCCGGGGCCCUCUGCCGUGGAGCAGGUGGAGGAGCUGCAGCCCAGCCCCCAAUGGCACCUGGGGUGGGGGGAUGCGCCCGGGGCCCCCAACGGCACGGCCGGUGGCAGCGAGGAGGAGCGGGAACGAGACGUGUGCAGCGCGGAGAACACCAGCCUCUUCUCCAGCUUCCAACACGUCGCCGUGGGCCUGGCCUUCGCCAAGGGGCGCCCCUUCCGCCAGCCCCCUAGACCAAGUAUCUCUUCAUGGGGGCUGUGACAGCCACAUCCAGCUUCCUGCUGCUGCUCCUGCUGUGCCCCGUCCAGCCCCUCCACCAGUUCCUGGAGGUAACUGCAGACCCCUGGCGGGGAGGACAGGGCUGGGACACCCAAAGGACCCACCCACCUUAUUCUUCUUGGAGGCCGGGGGGGAUCCCUGGCUGGCGGGGCCCCUGGUUCUGAUUGGGGGGGAUAUGGGGCUGGCUGGGCCUGCGGGUCCAAUCCAGGAGCGGGGAGCAGAUCAGCGGGUGAGGCCGGCGUCUGCUGCUUUUCCCCAGCUGACCGGUAGCCCCAGCGAGUGGAGAGUCACCCUGCUGGCCCUGGUGCUCGGCCACUUCCUGCGCUCGGCCUUCUGGAGGCGAGUGACCCCGGGGAAUCCUGCACCCCGUCAGGGGCCCGCAGCGCCCCCCCCCCCCCCGCCGGGGCCGCCGAUCACGUGCCGUCAAACUCCCGCAAUAAAAAUUGCAAUUGAAACACCUGAGAAAACGUCGCACUGGACUUGAAC